AUGCAUACGAACCAAUCUUUGAGUGUGGACCAAAUAUCACCAGAGCUAAUCAAUAAACUGAAGAAUGCGUUUGAAAUAAUUGACGAGAAUGGUGAUGGGGCAAUUACAGAGGCUGAUUUAAGUAGCAUAUUUAAAACAUUAGGAAUUGUGAUGAGCUCAGAUGAAAUUAAAUCAAUGUUAGGAAAUAAUGAUGAGAGUGAAGGUAAAUUGAACUAUCCUGAAUUUUUAGCCAUGAUGGGUAAUAUCUUGAAUAGGUUUAACCAAAAGAAAGAAGUGGUGAAGAAAAGUUUUGAAGUUCUAAGCAAAAACUCAAAUAUUGACGUUAAGAAAGGUACGAUACCCAAGCAAACCCUUUUAAAUUAUUUAGAAAAAAAUGGAUAUGAAAAUGCAGAGAUUGAAUUCAAAGAGAUACUAAUGAGUUUCAGCAAUGACAAGAGUGUCAAUAAUGGUGAUUUCAAGAUAGUACAAUUCCUUGAAACUGUAUUCGAUGAAUAA